GACAGUCCGAUUCUGUUUUCUGCUUGGAAAUUCGCGGAUUUUACAUACACACCUGAAACAGGUGUGCAAUGGCUCAAGAAGUGGAACUAGAGGAGUUUCGAUCUCAAUGGAGGAAAGAGCUGGGGUCUCAGAAUGUCUCCAUGGCACAUCCAAAGAAGAUCCCUAAAAAAAAUAUGCUACCAGAUUCCGACAAGCAACAGGUCUCAUGGAGCAAGUUAGAUGGCAGCAAAAAAAUCGAAGGUCGUGCAGCAUCUCUCCUAUUGCAGGUGACAGAAAACGUGAACGAUGUUGUGUACCAGCCGUUUGUUAUCGUGGGGCAGCUUCUCAAGGAAGGCACUUGUCCAAACUCAAACACAGAAACGGACAAAACAGAUUUAGACAGACGGACAUUGGACAACACAUCAAGGCCUUCGAAACGGUCAUACUUUGAUUCGGCAUUGGAGAGCAACGAUGAAACUCAGGGAAGAGAGAAGAAGAAGAAGAAGAAGACAGCAAACUGUGAUGAAGGGAAAAGGAGAGAAAGCUUCAUUGAUUAUCUAGUUGCAGAUUUGGAUGAAAUUAACGAAAUCCCCUUCUUUGAAAUAACCUUGGCCCGAGAAUUGGCCCUUAAGAUCUUCCAGUAUCUAGACUUGAAAGAUUUGUGUCGGUGUGCACAGGUGAGCAAAAGUUGGCAAAGUCUAUCUGAGGAUAACUGGCUGUGGUACAAUGUCUACUAUCAAAGAGGGAAGAGCAAGGCACCAUUGAUGACUGAAGAGGACAGUUGGAAAUCAGUCGUGAAAGAAGAACAUCAACGACAAAGGGCCCUCUUGAAUAACUGGAAGGUGCGACUCGGUAGAGUAAGAUCAUUGCUCUACGUCCAAGCAGGUGUCCUCUCUGCAGCAUCUUUCCAUAAAGACACGGUUGUAGCUGGAUACACCAAUGGUCAAGUGAAGCUGCACAAUUUAGACAACGGUGAUGUCUGUGUAUUUCAACCGUCGGACAUGUCACUCCAGCUGGACAACACUUGUGAGGAGGGGACAGUGGCUAACGACAUCACUCUGGUGGACACUACGGACACACUGACUGUGGCAGUCUUUAAACAUGGUUUUGUUGACAUCUGGUGGAACGAUGGUGACUUGAAACCUUGCCACACCGUUCAUUGUGGGACAAACAUCACAGCCAUAUCUCUAACAGAGACUCACUCAGACACACUGGUUGCCGUGACAACUGGACCGCACGUAAUCUUUGAGGCAGUGGAAAAGAGAGACAGAGAUGAAAAUGGCAGCAUCAGGGAGAAUUCUACGUUUCAACGCCUCAUGAAAGUCGACUUUGGUAAUAAGGUCUCAACAAUGAAGUUCUUACCCAACACCGAAACCUCGUGUGCCUUUGACUGCAGAAUGGCCGUAGCCACAAAACACGUAGUUAAAAUCUAUGCACCACCUCCCAGCCACAGAUACAGCAGUAGGACGGUUAAUGUGGACAAUAACAUCACUCUUGUAGCAGACUCUGAAAAUUCUACAGAAGUCCACAAUAUGUAUGGGACACCCAUCACCUCCAUGGAAGUCUCCGGAGGAAGUCAGCCAACACUGGCCGUCGGUCUUGGAAGCUCAACCGGUCUUUUCGAUGGCUAUCAGGUGAAACUUUAUGAUUUGAGUUCUGGUAAACCAUCCGUGACGUUUCACGGCCACACUUGGUACAUAAGCUGUAUGCAUCUGAACAGCGACAGCAAUGAGCAACCGUCGCAGUCAUCGAUAACGUUGGCCACAGGAUGCGGUGACCGGAAGGUGAGGCUGUAUGAUGCUCGAUGUAGCUUUCCAGUUAUGACGUUGGCUGGACACACGCAGAAGAUCUCCAGCGUGCAAGCCGACAAAUGGAAAAUCGUGUCGGGGGGAGAAGAUGGAGUUGUGACUGUCUGGGAUAUCCGCAUGGCCACGCGGCUGUGGGACUGGCACAAUCGGCCAUCCGGUCAGGUUGUGCCGUUAGUGAAACUUUAUGAUUUGAGUUCUGGUAAACCAUCCGUGACGUUUCACGGCCACACUUGGUACAUAAGCUGUAUGCAUCUGAACAGCGACAGCAAUGAGCAACCGUCGCAGUCAUCGAUAACGUUGGCCACAGGAUGCGGUGACCGGAAGGUGAGGCUGUAUGAUGCUCGAUGUAGCUUUCCAGUUAUGACGUUGGCUGGACACACGCAGAAGAUCUCCAGCGUGCAAGCCGACAAAUGGAAAAUCGUGUCGGGGGGAGAAGAUGGAGUUGUGACUGUCUGGGAUAUCCGCAUGGCCACGCGGCUGUGGGACUGGCACAAUCGCCAUCCGGUCAGGUUGUGCCGUUACAAUGACCGCUACUUGGUCGUAGCAAAUGUGCCGGACGAAAAAUUCGUGGACCCUGAUAAUGAUGGGUUUGCCGACCGCAAGCAUAGGGGGUCGCUGCAGGUGUAUGACUUUCUCUGUGAUGACCAGCACGAUUUGGUAGAGGCACUGCCCGACAUUUGCCGGUCAAGCUAUGACCAACUGCAUGGCUAUGAUUAUGGAAUAAAUUUGGUAACACCUUAUGACACCAUCUAACGAGGCACGAAAGAGGAGAAAAUCUGAUUAACCCCACCAGGGCCGAGGCCCCUGUAUCUAACCUUACCCUUCACCUGGACUCCUGAGCAAAAAAAAAAUAAUAAUUGUGUAUUCAGCUCAAGAGUAACAAUUGCAGGCAAAGUAAAGGACAAAAUCGCAAAAACU